AUAAACAUUAAUUCAAAAAAAAUAAACACUAAUUAAAUUAUAUAAAAAAAAACACUGAAAUCCUAAAUAAAUCAAUAAUAAAUUUAAAUGAGUCAAUACAGAAAUCAAGCUUUAAAAAUGUCCGUACAAUUGGAUUAACUCUUAGAGCAAGUCUAGGAAGUUCGUUUUGGCAUGUAUGAUAUGGCUGAGAUUCCUCACCUAUUUAAUCAAAAUAAUCUCUCAAUAGACGAUGAUUUAAAGACUAUUAGUGAGGCUUAGCAAUAUAUAAAUGAUAACGUAUCCGUAUAGCUUUCAGAGGAACUGAGUGAAGGAGUUUCCUAGAACAUAUAAAAACUUUACUAAUUAAAAGAGCAAGCUGCUCAAAUAAUAAUAAAUCUCCAAGCAGUUUUUCAAAAAAUGAAAAAUGGGGAGUUUGAAAUGAAAUUACAAGAAAAAAUUUGCAACUAAUUAGUUUUGAUCUCAAAUGUAUUAAAUAUUUGAUUCUCACCUAAUCUGAAUAUAGGUUUUAUAAAAAAAAACAUAUGCAAAAAAAAUAUUAACCAAUACCACUUAAAUUAAUUUACAAACAAUUUUAAAAAUAUAUAAAAAAGAACAUAAUUAUUACCAAACAACUCUUACAUUACUAAAUAAAAAUAAUAGAUUUACACAUAAAAAAUGUAUUUAAAUAACACUAAACAAAGUUAAAAUUUAACUAACAAAAAUUAAAGAACUAACUAUAACAAUCAACCUAACUUAAUAUAACAAUAUUAACAAAUAAAUAUUUAUUUUAAUGUAUUUCAUUUGCUUUAUGUAAAGGCUAUAUGUUUUAUUAUUCAUUACCGAUUCUACUAAAAUGCUA